AUGUUUCGUGUGCAGCAGAAUGCGUUCGAUGAUGCUGUCGCCAAGGCGACCGAUGAGAACCUGACUUCGGAGAAUUGGGAAUAUAUCCUUGAUGUCUGCGACAAGGUUUCCUCGGACAGCUCUGGAGCUAAAGAUGCCGUUGCUGCUUUGAUACGAAGGCUUGCGCACCGAAAUGCCAACGUCCAACUCUAUACACUGGAGCUUGCGAAUGCCCUGUCACAAAACUGCGGGCAGAAGGUAUACCAGGAGCUGGCCUCUAAAAGCUUCACAGACGCACUUUUACGACUUGCAAAUGACAGAAAUACCCAUCAACAAGUCAAGGCAAAGAUAUUAGAACAUAUCGAGCAAUGGACUGAAAUGUUUUCUAGUAAUCCCGAUUUAGGGAUCAUGGAACAAGCUUAUAUGAAGCUCAAAUCUCAGAACCCAAACCUCCAACCUCCUUCGAAACCGACCAAGCGGGAAAUAACGGACUUGGAUAGACAGAAGGAAGAGGAAGAGCUACAGAUGGCACUUGCACUAUCGGUCAAGGACAAGCCGGCUACCCAACAACAGCCUCAGAACAGUGAAUCUUCCCAGCAAACAGCCACUCCCGGACCAUCCACAGCAGCUGCAUCUCAGCCCACACCCAUUGCGUCCGGUACCACGGCUGCGACCGUAUCCCGUGUUCGAGCACUAUACGAUUUCCAGCCUUCAGAAGCCGGCGAACUUCAAUUCCGCAAGGGUGAUGUGAUCGCCGUUCUAGAAUCUGUCUACAAGGACUGGUGGAAAGGUUCUCUUCGAGGACAGACUGGAAUUUUCCCUCUAAACUACGUCGAAAAACUCUCGGAUCCCACGCAAGAAGAACUUCAAAGGGAAGCACAGAUGGAGGCAGAGGUGUUUGCCGAGAUAAAGAACGUAGAGAAGCUGCUGGCUCUUCUCAGCACGAGUAAUUCAGAGCUUAAUGUACAGGAGAAUGAGGAAAUCACGACACUGUACCAUUCUACCCUUGCCAUUCGACCUAAGCUAAUAGAGCUGAUUGGCAAAUACUCGAAGAAAAAGGAUGACUUUACGCAAUUGAAUGAAAAGUUCAUCAAAGCACGUCGGGAUUAUGAGGCUCUGCUCGAAACGUCAAUGGCGCAUCCUGGUCAGCCACAGUUUGGGCGACCCCCACCCCAGACUGCUUGUGGGUUCCCGCCUCCUGGCGGACAGCAAUACCCUCCUGGUCCACACCAGCAGGAGCCACAGCGCUUCUUUACCCCUCGACCGCCACAUGGCGCCCAAAACGCACCGCCGUCUAACGACCCUGCCGCAUACUAUGGUGCAGAACAAUCGGGACCGCCAUACCCUGCAGCGGCUUCACCAGACAAUAGAAAACACACACCAGUUCCUGGCCAACAGGGCGCCCCAGAUAGCUACAGCAACCCCGCAACGCAGUACACAAUACAGACCAAAUUUGAUCAACCCCAGGAACUAAGUACAUCGGUAUACGAUUCCCCUCAAGCAGCCGUCAACCCUAACGCACGACACUCCUACCAUCCACCAAUGCACGAAUCUCAACCGUCCAUAACCAACCCGCAACACUUCCCCCACCAACAGCAGCCCACAGGCUACCCCCCUCAAGGCACUGCUCCAGACUUCAACCCUCAGACGGCCCCGCCAGUGUCCAACCAACCUUACCCUCCCCAGCCGGUAGACCAACAAGAUCCAUCACAGCAACAACCACAGCAUGCCCCGCCACCAACGCACCAGCCUCCUUCAAUCCCACAGUCGACGUCUCCACAACCUCCAUAUCCGAGCUACCAGGCCCCAGCCCCGUCUGCACCUGGAGCUGGUUCUUACCAAGCCUACCAGCCUCAGCAGCCCGGCGGCCCAUCGAACCCUAACGCAAACCCUGCUAGGUACUAUCGGUAA